GACACUCAUUUAGCGAAUAGAAUAUAUAUAAAGCUUCUUCUCUCUGACACACUUUCCCGUAACACUUCCCACUCGCUUCUUCUGCUCCGCCGUUGCUCCGCCGCUCGCCGAACUAUUACCGAUUAAAAUCUCAAAGCUCUUUCGUUCUAACAAGAUUUUGAAAGAUGGCUGAUGCUGAGGAUAUUCAACCUCUUGUUGUUGACAAUGGAACUGGAAUGGUCAAGGCUGGUUUUGCAGGGGAUGAUGCUCCUAGGGCCGUGUUCCCCAGUAUUAUUGGGCGACCUCGUCAUACUGGUGUAAUGGUUGGGAUGGGUCAGAAGGAUGCUUAUGUGGGUGAUGAAGCUCAGUCAAAGAGGGGUAUCCUUACAUUGAAGUAUCCUAUAGAGCAUGGAAUAGUUAGUAACUGGGACGACAUGGAAAAGAUUUGGCAUCACACAUUCUACAAUGAGCUUCGUGUUGCUCCCGAGGAGCACCCUGUGCUUCUUACUGAGGCACCACUGAAUCCCAAGGCCAAUAGAGAAAAGAUGACCCAGAUUAUGUUCGAGACUUUCAAUGUGCCUGCAAUGUAUGUUGCAAUUCAGGCCGUCUUGUCUCUUUAUGCCAGUGGACGUACUACAGGUAUUGUGCUUGAUUCUGGUGAUGGUGUGAGCCACACAGUGCCCAUCUAUGAAGGGUAUGCUCUUCCUCACGCAAUUCUUCGGUUGGACCUUGCUGGGCGUGAUUUAACAGAGUACUUGGUAAAAAUUCUUACCGAGAGAGGAUACUCCUUCAGCACCUCUGCCGAGAAGGAAAUUGUCCGUGACGUGAAAGAGAAACUAGCAUAUGUUGCUAUUGAUUUUGAACAAGAAAUGGAGACCACCAAGAGUAGCUCUGCCGUGGAGAAGAGCUACGAGUUGCCUGAUGGACAGGUCAUAACAAUAGGUUCUGAAAGAUUCCGGUGCCCUGAAGUACUCUUCCAGCCUUCUCUAAUCGGUAUGGAAGCUACUGGAAUUCAUGAAACUACAUACAAUUCCAUCAUGAAGUGUGAUGUUGAUAUUAGGAAGGAUCUAUAUGGAAAUAUUGUUCUUAGUGGAGGGUCCACUAUGUUUCCUGGAAUUGCUGAUCGAAUGAGCAAGGAAAUCAGUGCUCUUGCUCCAAGCAGCAUGAAAAUCAAGGUGGUUGCACCUCCCGAGAGGAAAUACAGUGUCUGGAUCGGUGGUUCUAUCUUGGCAUCACUCAGCACCUUCCAGCAGAUGUGGAUCUCCAAGGGUGAAUACGAUGAAUCUGGUCCUGCUAUUGUCCACAGGAAGUGCUUCUAAGUUGGGCAGUGAUCAAAUUCUAAAUACAUCCAGUCGUCUUGUGCCAUAUUCAGUCAAGUUUGGUUGACUUAUUUGAUGAUGCUUUGGGUUUUUAAUAGAAAUAUAUAUCUAGUUUAUGAAUGGAUUUGUAAGUUGAGUAUGUUAUAUGUUUCUUCUUUAGGUCCUUGGAAGCCAGACUAUUUUAUGCAAUUGGCGGGAUGGUAUUCUAUUCGAACUUUGUAGGUUCUGUUUGGUUUGAUUUUCAUUUAAUUUGUUUUUCAUGCUGGCCAUGAAGUUAGGUGCCUCAAGUUAGGAGGAGGAUAAGUUUCAGCAUAUUUUUCACCCAGACAGGGAUUUUUGAGUCAUUUCUGUUUAUAUUUAUUUUAUGCUUAGUUGGUUUUCAGGUUUGCAGUGAAAUUUAAGGUUUUUUUGGUGUAUUA